AGAGAGAUAACACCAAUGGUCACACAGUCUAGCUCGCAAGGUGUCUUUCAGUCGCAGACCAGGAGAGACACAAGGACAGGGAGCAUGGAGGUGCGGUGGCGCGUGGCUGUGAUGGUGGUGGUGGCGGCGGCGGCGGGGCUACUGACGGUGACUCAGGCACAGGAAGAAUCAUCGCUCAAGUCCUUCUGGCCCCCGCCGAAGGAUAUGAAUAUCGACCUGCAGAAUAAGGACGUAAAUCCUGGUGAGAAGGCUGCCAAAGCGGCCAGGAAACUCCAUCGCCUCCUGCUGGGAUCUGAGGACACAAGGGCAGGCACGGAGAGCGUCCUAGGCAUGUAUCUUCCUACGAUAAAUCCCUUCGUGGUAAAGAAUCUAAAAUGCAUAGAUGAUGUGAUCGCAAUCAUCAGGGUGUGGACCGACCAAGACCUGAUGAACAAGAUGAUGUCACAAAAUAAAUUCUGGUCGAUUUUCUUGCCUGAUUCUUGGGGAAAGGUACCUGAUGGAAUUCUCUACGGGAACGUCAUGCCUUGGGGAAUGCAGGAGGAGUGCACGAUGCUCAACGUGAACGAACACAUCCCUCUCAACGAAACCGUGCCCCCGAUCAACAUGGAGUUCAGCGGCCGCUACUGUCUUGUAUCUCUUGACACAAUUAAGUCCGAGAACCAGCAAGCCCAGAGAGCGUGGCAGGAAGGCUUCAUAGCUCCAGAUGUUCAGGUGGGCGUGGCUAUGACCGCCCCAAAGGUGAAGCCCAUCUUCUCCUACGGCACCUGCAUGCCCUCCACCUGCACUGCCGAUGACCUGGAGGCAAGCAUCAACAGUAUUCUGAACCCUGUUGGCAAGAAGGCAAGACACAUUGAUUGCCACGUGGAGGACGAACCCAACUACUUGAACGCUGGGGACAUUGUCUUCGUCGUCAUUCUCUCCGUGCUCGGCUCCGUCAUGCUCCUGGGUACCACCAUCGACCUAUGCAUCAACUAUUACGACAGCCAUGAACUCCGUAAAGGACCUCUCAGUUUCCUGUUGGUGUUCUCGAUGUACACCAACAUGAAGAACACGUUUGCCAUCAAGGUCAAGGAGCACCCUGACGUCAUCUCUUGUCUGCAUGGCUUCAGGGUCUUCACCAUGGUGUGGGUCGUGUGGGGUCACGGCUACAUGAUGCAAGCAUCGGUCACCAGCAACCUCGUGCACUACAAGGAGUUGAGUCAAGGCAUACUGAACCAGAUCAUCAUGAACGCCUCUUACUCCGUGGACACUUUCCUCUUCAUGAGCGGCCUGCUGGUGGCCUACACGGUCUUACUGGAGAAGGAAAAGGCUCGUGGUGUCAACUGGAUCAUGUAUUACAUCCACCGCAUCAUUAGGUUAACGCCGCCUAUCAUGUUUACUGCCGCUGCCUCCGCCACUGUGUUCCGGUUCGCAAUGAAGGGCCCGUAUUCCCACUCCGUUGAGAGAAACUUCGUACAAUCGUGCAGGGAAAGCUGGUGGGCUGACUCUAUCUUCGUCAAUAACCUCGUGGACAUGUCACCAUGUCUGCCGCAGUGCUGGUACACGGCAGUGGACUUCCAGCUCUUCGCGGUGGCCCCUCUGGUCCUGGCACCCCUCCUCACCAACAGCUUCCUCAGCCUGGUGUGGCUGUUCCUCGUGACUGUCGCCUCCGUGGCCGUGCCCAUCAUCAACAUUGCCGUCUAUAACCUCAUCCCCAGUGGAUUACCCUUCCUGGUGAAUGCAGAAGAGCGUAAGGCGAAUGUGGACCUAUACAUGAUGCCCUGGGCUCGCGCUGGUCCCUACCUGGUGGGCAUCUGGACGGCCUGGUUCCUCGUGAGGGUUCGCAGCAAGCCGUUCAAGAUGCACCCGGUGGCGGUGGUGGUGGGGUGGGUGGUGUCUGCCGCCAUCGCGAUCGCAGUGCUCUUCGGCAUGACGGAAUACAACGUUCUGGACUUCAGUGACCCCAAGAAAGUCUCGCAGGUUGUCAGUAUUCUGUACGGCGGGUUGUCCAGGCUGGCGUGGGGCGUGUCUCUCAUGUGGGUGGUGUUCGCGUGUCACACUGGCUACGGAGGUAUCAUGAACUCGAUUCUCUCCCACCCUAGCCUGCAGCCACUCAGCCGCCUCACCUACAGCCUCUUCCUGGUAACCAUACCCGUGCAGAUCAUCUACACGGGCGCCAUCUACAUGCCUCUUUACGUCAACCAUCUGACGAAGAUAAUCGAGACAUGCGGUUACCUCUUCAUUGGCGGUCUGAUUGGGAUUCCCUUGACGCUGGCAGUGGAGCGACCUAUCCUUGGCCUCGAAAAAAUCAUCUUCCCGCGUAAAGGUCGUGGAAUAAUAGAGAACAAGGUGGAGGAAAAGAAGCAGGAAUAAUGAUGGCGUGCGCUACUGGAGGAGAACGGAACUGAAGAGGUUUCCAGUGAAAGAAUUAUUCGUGCCUUCUCUUCAGCUGUGUGUGUGUGUGGUGUGUGUGUGUGUGUGUGUGUGUGUGUGUGUGUGUGUGUGUGUGUGUGUGUGUGUGUGUGUGUGUGUGUGUGUGUGUGUGUGUGUGUGUUUUUUAAAAUGUGUUACGUGAAUGCCUUUAUCUAUAUUGUAUAUAUGUAGAUGUAGUUUAAAUUAUACAAGAAAUAUAUUAUAGAACUCUGCAAGUCUA